AUGUCGCGGGGCACCACAGCGCAGGCGACGGUGGAGAUUCGCCACUGGCUUCUGGGUCACACCUCUGGGCAGCAAUGCUCACAGGCAGGUGUCGCAUCGCAUCUAGAAUGGCAGAUCUGGAAGCUUAACAUGCAAGUGAUUCUCGACAGAGCACUGACCGUGCUUUCCAACUUCAAGCUGGCCAGUGGAUGCGAGUUGGAAGUCUUGGGAGGACCGCUUGGGGCUCUUGUUGGCGGGUACAGCGAUGCGGACUGGCUUUACAGUGAGGUCUUUCAGAAGCAUCCGGCAGAUGCCAUCCGCGAGUCUUUCGCCCUCCUCGGCUUCCGGAACCGCUCUGAUGGCGACUGGUCCAGCACCUCUGUCGAGGAGAUUUCCUUAGUCUAUCGGCGAAUGUGCCUUCGCGGGCAUCCCAGCCGUGGAGGAUCUCCAAAGGAUUAUCUGAAGCUCCAGGUAGCGAUGGAGCUCAUAAAGGCCUUCUGUGGAGAUGCUGGCCCGCUGCAGGUGGACCGGCGGAUUCAAGCGGAAGCUUCCGUGCCUGAAGGGCCGGCAGCUGGCAGCGAGAGCAGCAGCCACUUUGUGCUCAGUGACUUGUCCCUUGCCCGGGAGCUGCAGUUGAGCGCGGCGGAGGCCUCGAAGGAGGCGUCGCAACUCAGUGCAGACCACCUAGAGGAAAUGAACCGAGCACUGGACGAAUACAUCCUCAGGCAAAUGUGCUUCAAGAGCGAGAUUGUGGAUGAAAUCGCCCGUCUCCAUGAGGACUCGGCCUAUGCGAUACUGGGUGUUUCAUCCAGCGCGACGGAUGCCGAGAUCAAGAAGGCCUACCGCCUCAUCGCGAUGCAGUGCCACCCCGACAAGGGAGGAGACAAGGAGGACUUCCAGGAGCUGACAAACGCCUACGAGAAAAUCAUGGAGCAGCGGCGCUCGGCCGACGACCGGGGGCCCAAGGAGCACGGCGAGAGCGAGGGCGAGGAGCCUACGCCGGACCAUGGCAAGAGCCAGCCCAAGAAGCGUGCCCAGAAGAAGGAGAGCUCGGCCAGCCCCUCCGAGGAUGAAGAGGAGGAGGAGGGCGGGGCCGACAAGGCCGAGGGUGACAAGGCCAGACACGCAAAAAGAGCAGCUCAGGAAGAUGCAACCCUCCUCGAGAAAGCCAGCAAGGCGGCGGAGGAAGCCUCACGCUAUGCUAAGACUGCCGCCGAGUUCGCGCAUCAGGCAGCGGAGGCUGCAGAAGCCGCACGACGAGACCAGGCCACGCGUGAGAACUGA